GCCUUGUAUGUACUGUAUUUGCGAAAGUCGCAAGUCGCCAACCUCGACUAUCACGACGAUCAGAUAAUUAUUUCCCAAGAACUAUUUGUAAUCUCAAUCGCAUAAUAACUAUCUCCGAGGAUCAGAGUCGUAAUUAUCAAUCAUGGACGCCGCGCAGAUAGAGGAGACGAACCGUCUCCGUGUCUCUCUAGGCAUGAAACCUUUGCCCGUUCCCGGCGCAAGCGGACCUCAGUUCAAAGAAAAGGCGUCAACACCGGAAGAAGAUGUUGGGAGCACCCUCGAAACCCGAGAAGCGGCCGCCUACGAUAACUACAAGAAGAUUCAAGAUGCCGAAGUAGCCAAGAAGAAACGCGAAGCGAAGGCCGCCGCCAUCAAAAGGGCUCGCGAUGCCGCGAAACGCUCCGAGGUUAUGGAAGGAAAAGGAUUGGGUGACGCCGACGAGGGUGAACUUGAUACUAAGGCUUGGUUGAUCAGCCAGAAGAAGCGCCAAAAGCAAAUCGAUAAGGUGCGGAAGCUAGAGGAAGAAUUAGCCGCAGCUGAAGCAGAGGCUGCUGCGGCAAUUCAAUACACGUCGAAAGAUCUUGCAGGUGUCAAAGUCGGGCAUGAGAUCGAAUCUUUUGAAGAUGGAGAAGAACAAAUUUUAACUCUCAAGGACACUAAUGUCUUGGGGGACAACGACGAAGAAGGCGACGAGCUGGAGAAUAUCAACCUCAGGGAGCGAGAAAAGCUUGACAAAAAGCUCGAAUCAAAAAAGAAGAAGCCUGUAUAUGACCCCAACGCAAUCGAUGAGACGGGAGAACAAAGCCUUCUCGCUCAAUAUGACGAAGAAAUCGUUGGCAAGAAGAGCAAAAGAUUCACACUAGACGGGUUCGGAAAUACCAUACAGAAGAAUGAUAUAGGCAGCCUAGAAGCGCAGAGUCGACAACGACAGAAGAUUAAUCUUGAUUUUCUAAAAGAUGAUCAGCAGCCGGCUUCGGAUUAUAUGGAUAUCUCGGAGGUCAAGAUCAAGAAGCCCAAAAAGAAGAAGUCGAAGUCAACAAGACAGCGACCAGUGGAUGAAGACGAUAUUUUCCCUCCACCAGAAGCAGAUCAAGAUAAUUCUAUGGACAUAGAUUCAGGUGCGACUUUUGUCAGCAGAAAGCGUAAAACCGAUGAUGCGGCGUUCGUCGAUGACGAAGAUCUUCAGGCUACUUUAGCCGCCCAAAGGAGAGAGGCCUUGAAGAAACGGAAGAGAACGCGUCCGGAGGACAUAGCUAGGCAAUUACGAGAAGAGGCACAGACACCUGACGCCAAUGAGACAGGCGACGCCGAAGAGGGUGGUCUUGUUCUAGACGAGAUUUCGGAGUUCGUUUCGGGUCUAAAGAAGGAAGAUAUCGAAGAUCGCAAACCCCGGAAGCCAAAGUCGCCUAAAGAGGCUCAAAUCACAGCUAUGGAAGAUGAAUCCGAUGAAGAUGAGCCCAUGAAGGAUGGAUACGACGACGAGCAUGACCGAGUCAAGCGCGAAGAAUCACCUCCGGCAGAGACGGCCAUCAUCGGCGUUGAUGAAGAGAAGACUAUCGGGACUGGUAUCGGUGCGGCGCUGCAGCUUCUAAAAGAGCGUCGACUUCUAAAGGAUUCGGGUGCGGCCGAGCUCAACGAGACGCAGCGCCAGCACAACCUGUUUCUCGCAGAGAAGAAGCGGAAGCUAGCAGAAAUCGAACAGCAGGCCCGUGAUCAGCGCGAACGGGAUCGCAACAGCGGAAGACUCGACAGGAUGUCAAUCCGAGAGAGAGAGGAGUGGGCGCGCCAGCAGAACAACAUGCGUGACCAGCAGACAUCGCGACAGCUCGUCGACCUCUUCAACAAGGGGUACAAGCCCAACGUGGAGCUCAAGUACCAUGACGAGCUCGGCCGCUCACUAGACCAGAAAGAGGCGUUCAAGCACCUCAGCCACCAGUUCCACGGCAAGGGAAGUGGAAAGGGGAAGACCGACAAGCGACUGAAGAAGAUCGAGGACGAGAAGCGACGCGAGGCCCAGAGCAUGCUGGACGCCAGCCAGAACGUCGGUAUGAGCUCGGCGACCGCGCAGCAGACGAAGAAGCGGAAGGAGGCCGGCGUGCGACUUGCGUGAUCGGCCGCGCAGUCAUACUCCAGAUCGAAUGCAUUGAAAAGUCUUCUACUUCUCGUGAUGUGUCAUGAAAUCCACCCCUGUAAGUCCGUGUUCAAGUGGCUCGGCAUCUUUGAUGAUGUAGGAUAUGAAGUCAUAUCCUAUUUACCUUCUUUUCCAUUUUAUGUGCAUUGUAAUUCCUCAGUGACAUGGUAAGGUACAUCCCAACCAAUAGACGUUCCUGAUUAGAGUAGACGCACAUUUAGUAAGUUACCUGUGCCUUCAUGUACCUAUAGAAUGAGACUUCAAUGGUAUCUCAUCUCCAGUUGACAUCGUAAUUAGAGGCACAAAGCUUAAUUCUAUGAAAAUGAAAUUUUGCAGAAGUAUAUACAGUCCCUAGGUUAGCAUAGAAAUGAAUAUUGUAUUGUAUUGUCGCAUCGCAUGCAUGAAGAUUUUAUGGUUGGUUCGAUUGUUGUAACCAAUAUAAUGGAUUAUAUUUGGCAACAACACGUUGCGACCCAGGUCUUUACUAGAGCCAAAAACAUUUAACUGAAACAUUUUUCAGGCAUUUAAAAAAUUGAAC